UCUGUUUCGGGAUCGCCCGGACAUUUUCGCCUCUUUGUUUUACUGAAAGUGGAUUUAACUCGGAUUCAACCCAAUAUCCAACGGACUGCUCAGCUUGCAAACAGCCUGAACAUGCCCCUUUCAUGAUGCAGAGCUAACGUCCCACACGCCGUACCUGUCAGAAGAAAGGUGGCAGCCAUUUCGCCCACAGGAAACACAUGGCGGCACUAGGAAACCCCGACAUGCUGACCAGGAAGAUCAAGCUCUGGGACAUCAACGCCCACAUCACCUGUCGCCUGUGCGAGGGCUACCUGAUCGACGCCACCACGGUCACCGAGUGCCUGCACACCUUCUGCAGGAGCUGCCUGGUGAAGUACCUGGAGGAGAACAACACCUGUCCCACCUGUCGGAUCGUCAUCCACCAGAGCCACCCGCUGCAGUACAUCGGUCAUGACCGAACAAUGCAAGAUAUUGUCUACAAAUUGGUGCCUGGGCUUCAAGAAGCGGAAAUGAAAAAGCAGAGGGACUUCUAUCAGAAGCUGGGGAUGGAGGUGCCGGGAGACAUCAAAGGAGAGCUGUGCAGCAUGAAGGUGCACCUGGACUCUCAGCGCAACGGUGAUGUGAAGUCAGAGGACACAGCCAAUAAGGACACAGCUGAAGAGAAGCAGGAGGAAGACAAUGACUACCACCGCAGUGAUGAGCAGGUGAGCAUCUGUUUGGAGUGCAACAGCAGCAAGCUCCGCGGGCUCAAGCGUAAAUGGAUCCGCUGCUCGGCGCAGGCCACCGUCCUGCACCUCAAGAAGUUCAUCGCCAAAAAGCUCAACCUGACGUCGUUUAACGAGCUGGACAUUUUAUGCAAUGAAGAAAUCCUGGGGAAGGACCACACUUUGAAAUUUGUAGUUGUGACAAGAUGGAGAUUUAAGAAGUCCCCUCUUCUCUUGCAUUACAGACCUAAGAUGGAUCUGCUGUAGUCGGACUGAGAGGUUGGCCUGGAACGUAUUAUUUAUGCAGAGACGAUCAACCCAGCAUGGAGAGCACCAAAAAAUACAAAGAAGACAAAAAAAAAAAAACAACAAACAAACAAACAAAAAAAACACAAACCAGCAAACCAUGACCAGGAAGUGUCUCUGUAACUGGCGGGCUGUGAAAACCAGCCUUUUUUUUGUCCGCUGCAUCCUAAACAUGUGAAAAAAAAUGAUAGCAUAUAUUUAUACUUUUGUACAGAAGAGAGACGAGGACCCAAGACUCUACAGGUGCUCUGCUUACGCGAGAACAAGGUGUUGAGGAAUCACACGACGUUACUUCGUUUACUGCAACACCUACAUGGCGUUUCUUUUCCCUAUUCUCGCGCGGUCGUCUGCAUAGACAGCGCUAAUUUUGGGGUGGAGGUUUUUAACAACACAUUUUCUUUCAGGUUUCACUUACAGAGUCUUGG